AGGAGCCGUUGGUGGCGAAGGCGGAGACGAAGAUGACAAGGAGAAGGAAGAGGAGGCCGAGAGAGAGAGGCAAGAAGCCAUCAGGGAGGCUGAGGAGCGAAGGAAGGAGAAACACCGCAAAAUGGAAGAGGAACGGGAGAAGAUGCGACAGGAAAUCAGGGACAAGUAUAACAUAAAGAAGCGGGAAGAGGUGCAAGAGAUGACUCAAGAGGAGCCCAAUCCUUUGAUGCGCAAGAAAAAGACGCCAGAGGAAUUGGCCGCGGAAGCCGAGGCGGAAGAAGAGGACGAGAUUACAAAGAUCAAGAACGCGUUAGACACGCAUAUACAAGAGAUCAAAGCGCAAGUACUUGAUGGUAAAUGCGACCUCCAAUAAGCCUACCUAACACUCCUCGAAGCGGUCGGUAAGGAGGGCGGUGCAUCAUGCGCCGCCAGGGCCGCAUCCGCCUCUCAGCCCCUACGACACCACGAAAGAAGAAGAGAAGAACGAGCAAGAUCUGACGCGUUAUCGGAGAAGCGAAAGGAAA